AUGAGUGACAUCAUGUCCACCAACCAGUCUGUCCCCUGGAGCAUGUACAAGUACAGGGGCAACAGGAAGGAGGUCGCACCGCAGACUAGCGGCAGAAACUCUCCCCAGCCACAGCAGGAGCCCAGUUACCAUGGCAAGACUCUUCCUUACCCUUCCCAAAAUGCUUCCCACCCCUGCACUGCCAGUCAUGCUCCUCCAGCCAAUCCUGAACCACACUGCUGUGCCUACGGUGAUAAGGAGUCGUCCUAUGUUCCCAUGGAGACUCCUAAUGCCACUGGCAUUGACACAAGGAGCUGCUGUGGUGCCACAGUUAACCCUUCUGCUGCCAGGUGUAAGCAGAGCAGCACCAGUAUCAGUGUCAUUCCCGGGGAUGCAGACAACAAGACAGCCAAUCAUCAACAGCCCUUCAUUGACUCAGUAACCAUGCACCUCACUGAGAGUGACCCACUCCCCUUCAAUCAGGAGUCUCUUGCCAUGCUACCAGAAUAUGGGGAGGAAGAGGAGCUGCCUGACGAGCUGGAGAGCCAGUGCAGCGGAGAUGAAGAAGUUGUUAGUAUCAAGGAGCCAGUGACCUCUGACUUAUGCGGCAGGGAAAAGAAGCCAGCCCUGGUGCCAAGCCUGUUCCCUCGCAACCCCCCUACGCUGUACUUUGGCACGGCCAAAGAGAACGUGGAGCUGUUGCCGGUCGAGCAGAGGAAGCUGCUGAAGUGGAAGAUGAGCUCUGUCACCCCCAGUGUGGUCAAAGACACCCUCACCAGGUCACAUUUCAAAGCCAGCAAGAAAAGCCACGACUGGCUUGGCUGCUGGGGUCAGCACUUGAAGUCGCGUGGAUUCAGGACCAUCCGAGAACAUCAGAAAUUGAAUCACUUCCCAGGAUCGUUUCAGAUUGGCCGCAAGGACCGGUUGUGGCAUAACCUGUCCAAGAUGCAGACUCGCUUCGGCAAGAAGGAGUUCAACUUCUUCCCACGAUCCUUUGUGCUCCCGCAUGACGUCAGGCAGCUGAGGGAAGCAUGGGACAAGGGGAGAGGCCGGCGGAGAUGGAUCGUCAAACCGCCGGCAUCAGCUCGAGGAAUUGGGAUCCAGGUGAUUCACAAGUGGAGUCAAAUACCCAAGAGGAGGCCCUUGCUGGUGCAGAGAUACAUCCACAGGCCAUACCUCAUCAGUGGGAAUAAGUUUGACCUGCGGAUCUAUGUGUACGUCUCCUCCUACGACCCACUGCGCAUCUACAUCUAUAGCGAUGGACUGGUUCGCUUUGCCAGCUGCAAGUAUUCCUCUUCAGUGAAAACCCUACGGAACAAGUUCAUGCACCUAACAAACUACAGUGUUAACAAGAAGAACUCCGACUAUCAGAGCAACAGCGAUGACAAGGCCUGCCAGGGCCAUAAAUGGUCUUUGAAAGCUCUGUGGCAAUAUCUGGGCACAAGGGGAGUCAACACCAUCUUGAUAUGGGAGAAGAUCAAAGACAUUGUCAUCAAAACCAUCAUCGCGUCAGAGCCAUACAUUAACACGCUGGUGAAGAUGUAUGUCCGCUCCCCCAACAACUGCCACGAGCUCUUUGGCUUCGACAUCAUGCUGGAUGAGAAACUCAAGCCCUGGCUUCUGGAGGUCAACAUCUCGCCCAGCCUCCACACCAGCACGGCGCUGGACUUCAGCGUUAAGGGCCAGAUGAUCCGGGACCUGCUGAACCUGGCAGGGUUUGUGCUGCCGCAGCAUGAAGACGCAGCUCCAGCCAGCAGCUGCAGCACCAGCAGCUCCGCCAGCAGUUUGUCAGGAGGGGAGAGGGACAGAUCCAAAAUCUCCACAGAACACUUACUUGAUGACAGGAUCAAGAGGGCUCACUUUACUGGCCAGCGAAGCAUAAAUCAGACAUUCCUCUCCACUGUACUGACCGUCCUAACUCCCAACGAUGUGCGGGUGCUGACGCAGGCCGAGGACGAGCUGAACCGGCGCGGCGAUUUUGAGCGCGUGUUCCCAUCCUCCAUCUCUGGCCGCUACCUGCGCUUCUUCGAGCAGCGGCGCUACCUCAACAUCCUGCUCAGCCAGUGGGAGCUGAAGUACUGUAACAACAGGAGCAAAGGCAUCGACCUGCUGAGGAGUCUCUGUCAGAAAGGUGUUCACCUGGGCAGCAGCUGCAGUUCAGAACACCUGGUGAUUACUGCCUUCUCUUCCAUCUCUCCCAUCAGCCUGCCCUCAUCAUUCUCUUCCAUCUCCUCGGAAGCGGCAGUCAGUCAGAAACAGAGUCCCCAGCCAGAUGACGAUGACGUGCAGUCAGAGAGGUCCAGCUCCCCUGAUACAGGGUCCAUAACUUCCAGCUCCACCCUGUCCAGUGAGAGUGUCCACACCAAGGACUUAGAAUGA